AGAGAGAAGAUACUUAUUAGUUAUUACUCAUUAGAGUGGAAAAUAGAAACCCUAGAAAUCAGAAGAAAAAAAAAAACCAAAACUUUAUCCCCAAACCCAAAAAAGUUGCUUUGGGAAUCCAAGUGUAAAUGCCCCUAAGAUUUUCCCUCUUUGUCAAUAGAUUGUCCAGUAAGGAAGAACCAUUGUUCAAGAGUUUCUAGGAAGAAGCGUUUUCCUCCAUGCCUGUUGAUUUUGACAAUGUUUCCACACCUUCAGGGGAAGCACCUAGUGUUUCUUCCUCUGGUAAUCAACCACCACAACCCACAACCAAGAAAAAACGAAACCUUCCUGGAAUGCCAGAUCCAGAAGCAGAGGUGAUUGCUCUGUCACCGAAGACUCUAAUGGCGACGAACAGAUUCGUAUGCGAAAUUUGCAACAAAGGGUUUCAGAGGGACCAGAAUCUGCAGCUUCACCGGAGAGGUCACAAUCUGCCAUGGAAGCUGAGGCAGAGGACGAGCAAGGAGGUGAGGAAGAGGGUGUAUGUCUGCCCGGAACCAACGUGUGUCCACCAUGACCCUUCUCGAGCGUUGGGUGAUCUCACCGGAAUUAAAAAGCACUUCUGCAGAAAGCACGGUGAGAAGAAGUGGAAAUGCGAGAAAUGCUCCAAGAAAUAUGCAGUUCAAUCUGAUUGGAAAGCUCACUCCAAGGUUUGCGGUACCAGAGAGUAUAAAUGUGACUGCGGCACGGUGUUUUCGAGGAGGGAUAGCUUCAUUACUCAUAGAGCUUUUUGCGAUGCGUUGGCAGAGGAGAGUACAAGAUCUCAGACUCAGAAGGCGAAUUCGGAGUCUGAAUCGAAGGUUUUAACGGCUGAUUCUUCACCGCCGCCAGCUGCUGCCACUGCCGCCGCCGCUAAUGCUUCUACUACUCAGUCAAAUAGUGGCAUUUCCUCUGCUUUGCAGACACAGAACCUAGAGUUGCCUGAAAAUCCCCAACAAAUCAGAGAGGAACCACAAGCUGUUGUUGCUACUGCUGCUUUAAAUGGGAGCUGCAGCAGCAGCAGCUGCACCACCACAAUCACUGCCACUACCAGCUCCACCUCAAUUGCCAAUGGUAGUGGUGCUACUAAUAAUAGCUGUAGUGUGUUUGCAAGCUUGUUUGCCUCCUCAACCGCAUCUGGGAGCCUGCACUCUCAAGCACAGCCAGCAUUCACGGACCUAAUUAGAGCCAUGGGAUGUCCCGACCGCCCUGCAGACCUCUCCCUCCCGGCUCCUUCGUCAUCUGAGGCCAUAUCUCUCUGCCUCUCCACCAAUCACGGACCAUCCAUUUUCGGAACUGGAGGGCAGCUGGAGUACCGCCAGUACAUGCCAUCGCCGCAGCCGCCAGCCAUGUCCGCCACUGCAUUGCUGCAGAAGGCUGCUCAGAUGGAUGCUGCCGCCACAAAUGCCUCAUUGCUUCGCGGGUUGGGCAUUGUGUCAUCGUCUUCAGCGGCUUCAACUUCAUCCGGCCAGCAAGAUAGCCUGCAAUGGGGUCAGGUGAAAGUGGAGCGGGAUAGUGAUGGGUUUCCUUCCGGGCUUGGACUUGGGCUUCCUAGUGAUGGCGGUUCAGGACUGAAGGAAUUGAUGAUGGGGACACCUACGGUGUUCGGUGAUCCUAAGCAGACCACCCUUGAUUUCCUAGGAUUGGGGAUGGCUGUGGGUGGCAGUUCUGGUGGAGGCAUAUCUGCACUCAUGACAUCUAUUAGUGGCGGUUUCGAUGUUACGACAUCAUUUGGUAAUGGAGGAGAGUUCUCUGGCAAGGACAUUGGGAGGAGCUCAUGAUUUUUUUUUGGAAUGCGGGAGGAGCUCAUGAUAAUUGCAUGAACAAAUUCUAUUAGUGCCCUUGGUUUUCACUCUUAUGGACCCAUUUCUUGUGCUGAAACCACUUUUAGCAAGAUGAAGCUAUAAUAGGUAGCUAGCUUUAGGGACAAACGUUCUGUAGUAAAGCAUGAAGAUUGAAGUGUAACCAAACACACCAAAUUUAUCUGGGCCCAAAUUUUUGGUUUUAGAGUUACAUGUUAGAUUUUUUGUGCAAUCUGAAGUUGCAAUGCUUUAGGGAAGGGUCUAUAAAUUAUGGAUAUGAUGUGAAGUUAUGGAGCAAUGCAACAACAAAUACACAAA